UCCACCGGGGCAACAGAAGGCGCCUGUUGUAGCACAUGCAUGUCAACAAGGAGGAAAGGAAGACGCUCGGCUACAAUUAAAAAUUAAUGUGUGAAUAUAAUAACACGCUGCUUUUUAGGGACAAUACGUGUGUCUUCCAUUCAUUAACGUAACAUCCUUGACAGCAACAUGGCUCCGUUCGGCUUAAUGACUGCAGGUGCUAGCUGGCUGGCUAAGUCCUUCAGUGUGUUCUCCUGCACAAGCACUCUGGCAAGGUGCUCCAGUGUCCUCUCAGCGACAUACAUCACUCCAGUGAAAUAUCUGAGCUCUCAGGCCAGCGGACCGCCAAAGAGGCCAGUAAGCGGAUACCUGAGAUUUCUUUUACAACAGCGGCCAGACAUAACCAGACACUUCCCAGGUAUCAAGUCAACUGAAAUCAUGAGGAAGGGCGCCGGGCAGUGGGUAAUGCUGACUCCAGAACAGAAGAAGCCUUUUAAUGAAGCCGCUCAGCGAGCCAGGGAGCAGUUUAAGGUUGACCUCCAGCGCUACCAGGCCCUGCUGACCACAGAACAGUUCCAGCAAGAAACCCAGGCGAGGAUGCAGAGGCUGACCAAGAGGAGGUCCAUUAUCCAAAAGAGGGAGUUAAACACCCUUGGGAAGCCAAAGCGCAGCCGCAACUCGCUCAACAUUUUCUACUCGGAGCACUUUUUGGAUGCCAGAGGGCUCGACCCAAAGGACAAGAUGAAGUCACUGAUGCAGGACUGGAAGAAUAUUUCACUUCAUCAGAAACAGAUCUAUACACAGCUGGCCGAGGACGACAAGAUCCGCUAUAAGAAUGAGAUGAGGUUGUGGGAGGAGCACAUGGUGGAGAUUGGACGACCAGACCUGGUCCGAGAGAAUAUCCUGCCUACCAAGAGGAAACCUGCAGCUAAAGCUCAAACAAUCAAGAAGGGAACAAAGAAGGUUAUAGAUACAGUGAAGAAGGCCACUGCAAGCAAAACUGUCAGGAGUAAAUGAACACAUCAGUGUGUUCAUGUACCAAGUGUUCAUGACAUGCUCUGCUUGGUUUUUGACAACGUUCCCAAUUGUCAUGAAUGCUCCUUAGGUUCAACAGGGCAACGCUUUUACAUAAUUCAGACGGAUCAACAUCAUUUCACAGCACCCAUUAUCACCUGUGCUUAGUGAAAUGUAACAAUUUAAACCCGGAAAGCAGGAUUAUAACAAGCACAAUGUGACCCUAAUACUCACCCUGACUUAUUGGUUUGUUAAAUCCAUUCGAUUGAUAAAGUGCGAUGGUUCCUGGCUAAGAAAGUGAUGAAAUAUAAUGAUUUCAUAAGCUUAGACAUUUAAAUCAAGUUAUUAAAGGAGUUUCAGAUAAGGUUUCUACAUUUCUGUCUGCAGUGUGUAAAAGGUUUCAUAGCCCUGAGUGUUACCACAAUAUACUUGAGCGAAUAUAAAGGUUACUGUUGCAGUCCCAAAGCAAACACUUUUUUUUAAAUAUUUUUGGUAUUUCAUAAAGAGUAUUGAUGCAAAGUAAACGUCUGAUGUUAUUUUGUACUUGCCAACAAAUCCAUGAAAUGUCCAAAAUCAAUACCUACAGUACCUGUCUGGCUCUCAGGCUUAGAGCACCAUACAAUUGUUUGUUUAAUUAAAAGACAAAAAUAUAUAUAUUCACAGACACUGCUUCCCCUAAAGAUGAACCAACCUCACUGAAGUAUGUAUCUCAUCGCUCUUGUCGAUGUAGUGUCACCUUUUACAGUCGCAACCUCAAACUGAAAUACUGUUAACUUUCAUUUAUGCCAUAAACAUUGACAGUUGACUGACAUUUUGGUUUUCAAAAAUAUACUUUUUUUUUGUUUAGCUUUGUAUGAGAUGCUUUUUUGUUUUACUGCUGUAAAAAAGCUGUUGUGGUUAAUAAUAAAAUGUGCUUUUUCCUACUG